AUGGUUUCGACUCUGCGUGCAUCAGUACUUAUAUAUUGGAUUUUAAGGAUUCCCGUCGCACAGCCGUACAAGCCUCCAUCAGGCUUUAAGUCUGGAAAGACACAGGCUCCACCAUCCUCAAGCUCGUCUUCUAUCCUCUCGAACCUAGAUGGUAAACAAGUCAUCCAUAUCACGGCUCCAUCCUUCCUUCCGUUGUCCAAGGUUAAAGAAAUCUCGAUGUCUAAGAUCCUGAAGGGUGAACCUAUCAUGUCGUUUGAUGGAACGAGCUACGGAAUCCCAGCCGACUCUUUCAAUACAAAACACCCACAGGGCAAAUCUCUGCUCAUCUUUGAUCAGAACACCCAGUCAUACCACAGCCAAGCCGACCACAUCCAAUCCUACCACAUUCAAGAAUUGAUUGGCCGACCUGAUUCCAAUAACGCUGCCGUGGAAGCGUUGCGAGACACAGUCAAGCCUCCCCGACCUCAACCGAAGAAUUUGAAGAUGCGCUUCCGACCUGUCGGCAGUCUCCCCGCCCCUCCAGAAACUCUUGGGUCUGACUCUGAGUCAGAAUCAGAGCCCUCUUUCAAGGUCCCGGGUGGAAAAGAGGAACGGAAGCGGAAGCAUCACCAAAGCGAUGGUGACGCUGUUCACACGACUACUUUGCCCAGCAGGAAGAAGUCGAAGAAGCACACACAAGACAACGAAGCAGAGGAUGAAAGUAGCAAGAAGAAAUCGAAAACCUCACACAAAGACCGAGAGGAAAAGAAGCGGAAAAAGUCUUCCAAGGCAUGA